AUGGAGCCAACAAAAAAGAAUCGAACUUUGUUACGUCCGCGUACAGCAAAGAAACGUGGUAAUGCGAUUUCCAUUUCUUCUCAGUUAAUAUCCGAUGUACCAAUGAUUACAUCUGGGCCCGAAGCAAUAUUAUGCAUGAACAACGAAACUGCACUAGAAGAAAGUUAUUUGUCCAUCGGCCGUCUAGAUACAUCUACAAGUGAGCAAGGAAAUGUCGCUAAACGUACACCAGUCAAUUCAAUUGAAACCGUCAAAUCAAGUACACAUGUAAAACGACUAAGAACUGAUGACUUUCAUGAAGAAUCUUUCGUUGUAUCUCUUCCUUCUAUCGCACUUGAGAACCGGCUUGACAUUGAUUCAAGUUGCUAUGAAAAUAAAUGUCAGCCCGGCCCGGUACCUCUAACAGGUGAAAUUAUUCCCAAAAAUAUUUCGUUAUCAGUUACGAACCUUUCGACGGUCAAUGAUAGUGGAAUGUCUGCAUUUAAGGUGGUUGAUACGAUAUUCGAUUACAAAUGGGGUCUUAGAGAUUGCUCACCUGAAACCUCAAGCUCAUCUUCAAUUAAUAUACAACCACGCGAAAACUCCGCUGUUUUAAAUUCAAGUGAAACACGAUUACGAGUAAAAGAGUCGAGUAGAAACGUCAACAACGAUGACUUUGAAAGAGAGAAAAGUAUUUGCAAAUCAGCCUUCGAUCUUGUGCGUAUGAUGGAGUUAAGACGUCUUGGUUUGGAGAACCCGCCAGGGGAUCUGGCAGAACAUACUCGAUUUCUAGAAGAGCUUAUGAAUAUAUUAAAUAAAUCGGAUAUCGAUGACGAUACCACUGCACAAACUUCACUUAUCCUCGAAAAGUCUCCGGUGGUUAAUCAAAAAGUUCCUAACGUUGAGGACCUUGAGCCGACUUUUGUUGAAGGUUCCCAUUUUGCCGUUGAGUCUAAUGAUAGAUCUCCUUCAGUUCGUGAUUCGUGCUCUACUAUCGAGGAAUGUGAUGAAGCACUCCCUGCGGAAGAUCUUAUUGGUGCUGUUAAAGACUUAGAUGCCAUUGUUACAACUAUUACUUCUCCGUUACGAGAAGACAACGAAAAUAGUACUACUACUCGUGACCGACCUGUAUUGAAGAGAAGAAACAGAAAGUUGGAUUCUUGGACAAACAUUAGCGAGAUACCAGGAAGCGAACAACUAGAAAUGUCUUUUAAAGACAGAUUAAAUCCUAUAGCAGCAGUAGAAUACGACGAGAUGGAGGUCGUAGAGCUUGAUAUGUAUGACGACUUGCCGAAUAAAUUGAGGUCUGAUGUGCCUAAAGAAUUUUAUCGUCGUUGGUCCGCUCAAGACACUGAAGAAUUAUAUAAUUGCAUUGCACUUUUGGGGUUGGAUUUUGGUAGAAUUGCGACGGUGAUGCAAAGGACGCGAAAACAGAUCACGAAUAAAUAUAAGUCCGAACAAAAGAAUAAUAGUCAACGUCUCCAUAAUGCGCUGACACGAAAAGGAGAAUUUUUAGAAUUUAGAAAUAAGUAUAAAUUUUGA